AUGGAGGGAAAGCAAACCCAAGGUCGAAAGAAGAUUGAAAUGAAGAUGAUCAAGAAUGAAAAUUCAAGAAGGAUCACCUUCUCCAAGCGUCGAACCGGGCUAUUCAAGAAGGCAAGUGAGCUUUCUACUCUCUGUGGAGUAGAAAUCGCCAUUAUUGUCUUCUCCUUAGGAGGCAAGGCCUUCUCUUUUGGCCAUCCAAGCGUUGGUACUGUCAUUAACCGGUUUCUCAGUGAAAACCACCACCCAACUGAGCAGACCACUAGGCAUCUAGGGACUCACCGCGAGGCUAGACUUCAGGAUCUCAAUCAGCAGUUCAACAAGCUGAGCAAACAGUUGGAAGUGAAGAAAAAGAAAGGGAAAAUGUUACGGAAGAGUACUGCAGAAUCUAAGUGCCAAAGCUUUGAAAAGUAUAUUAAUGGGCUUGGGCUGCAUGAGCUUGAAAAACUAAAAGGAAUGAUGGAAAAGCUUAAGGAAAAUGUGGUUAGAAAGGUUAAUGAGCUUCACUCAGAGGCUCCUCCUAGAGAUUUCAAAGCAGUGGGUCUGUUGAAUGUUUGGGAAAAUGGGACUGACAAUGAUCAUCCCAUUCCAAAGGAUUGGUUGAGUUUGUGA